AUGGAGCGUGCGACAACGCCGCCUCCCUCCAAAGCUGCACCUGUCGCUUCGCCAUCGACGCCAGAAGUUACCAGACGGAUCGAAGAGAAUCGGCUGCGAGCUAAAGCCAUCCGAGACCAACGCGAGGCUGAACAAAGAGCGACUGGAAAUGUCCCGUCCGUCCCCAAGUCUGCUGGCGGGUUCGUUCCCACGGAAGACGUUCAUAUCACCAAGCCGGUAAACGGCAAGCGACAAUUCAGCGAAAUAUCAUCUAAUCCUCCUCCAACUAUCGAAUCCGGUACCAACCGCGAUGGCCGAAAUCAAGGCGAUGCAGAGGCCCUCCGACCUGCUGCCAAAUUCACCAAGUUCGUCGAUUACAAUAUGAGCUCCAUGACCGAUACAAAGGGAGGUUUCCUUUCUACCGAAGAUGAUCCGCACAACUACGCACUGGGAGUCAAGAAACCUGGCGAACAAGAUGAACAGCGACCGAAGGACAUGACUGUGCAGGAGUGGGAGCGAAUGCAGCUCAUACGCAAGUUGCAACGGCAAAAGGCUGGCCCGUUUGAGCCUGGCAUCAGCGUCUUGGAAGACGAAAGCAAGAGAAAGAAAUGUAGAGAAUGCAAAAGUCUAGAGAUUGACUUUGUGUGGGAGGAGGUCUUUCAUAUUUGCGUUUGCAACAAGUGCAAGGAGAAGUAUCCGGAGAAGUACUCACUCCUAACCAAGACGGAGUGCAAGGAGGACUACCUUUUAACCGACCCGGAACUUCGAGAUCCGGAACUAUUACCGCAUCUUUCCAAACCAAAUCCGCACAAGUCACACUGGCAUGACAUGAUGUUGUUCCUUCGAUUCCAGGUUGAAGAGUAUGCUGUCAAUACGAAAUGGGGUUCCGCAGAAAAGCUAGAUGCGGAGUACGAGCGUCGCGAGACACAGAAGAAGGCUAGAAAGGAAGCCAAGUUCAAAGAGAAGCUGAUGGACUUGAAGCGCAAAACUCGAACAGAUGCCUUUCGACGGCAAGCUGGUACGUUGAGCAAGUCGGGUGCAAGCAAAUUUGGAGACUCAAUACGUGACACAAAGCAUGCUCAUCAGUGGGGUCGUACGGUAGAAAACGAAGAGGGCAUGACGAUAAAAACGUGUGUUGACUGCGGUAUGGAAGUUGAAGAGCUGGAAUUGUGA